CCGAGAGCGUCACUGGAGCGCAUGUGCCUCCGCUCCGUAUCUGCACCGGAAACCGCCGUGAAGUGCGUGCUCGUAGGGGACGGAGGUGUCGGGAAGACCAGCCUGAUCGUGAGCUACACCACGAACGGAUACCACGUGCCCACCGCCUUCGACAACUUUACAGCGAGGGUGGGUGUGGAUGGAAGACCGGUGCAGCUUCAGCUCUGUGACAUGGCCGGGCAGGUGGGACAACCCAAAAUCAAUCUCUCCAAGACGAUGCGCUCAAGUUUCCUGCUCUGCUAGAGCAUCGUCAUCCCGUCCUCCUUCCAGAGUGUGAGGAAGCGCCGGGCUCCCGAAGUGCGCCGCACGUGCCCGGUGAACCCCGUGGUCCUGGUGAGGCCGGUCGCCCGCAGCCUUGGGGUCGCGGUGUUGGCCGAGUGCUCGGCUUUAACGCAGAAAAAUCUGAAGGCGGUCUUUGACACAGCCAUCGUGGUCAGUUUAGAGCACAAGGAGCAGCUGAAGGGGCUGAGGCAGAGGCAGAGGGAGCAAACACCCAAUAAGAUCACACAACUCUCACAGACCUGGUGGAGGAAGCUCAGCUGUUUCGUGUGAGGGCUUUGUCAAAGGUUUUAUCCAUGACUUCAGCCUCACGCUAUCCUGUCCUCUACAGUUUGACCAUAGAGCAGAUAUUA